CUUCGUCGUUAACUCUUCUCGUAUAUCAAGUAAACACAAUCAACAUGUCUGGACGCGGAAAAGGCGGCAAAGUUAAGGGAAAGGCGAAGUCCCGUUCGAACAGAGCCGGACUUCAAUUUCCGGUUGGUCGUAUCCAUCGACUUUUGAGGAAAGGGAAUUAUGCCGAACGCGUCGGCGCUGGUGCUCCAGUUUAUUUGGCUGCAGUUAUGGAGUAUCUGGCUGCUGAAGUUUUAGAGUUGGCCGGUAACGCG